AUGGGCGCGGCGCAGGAGGCCCAGGCCUGCCUCGCCUUCUACCGGGGGCUCGGGCGGAGGGAGCCGCUGCGGGAUCUCUGCCGGGCCGUGCUCACCUUCCUGGAGAAGCUGGACUGGAGCAGUUCGCAGGUUUUGACCAUGAUCCACAGCAGCCUCCUCGAUUUCAAAUUCAUGAUCCGGAGAAUUACUGGGAAAAGUGCCCUCAUUUCCUACAAUGGGUAUGGAUGCCACUGUGGACUGGGUGGGAGAGGGCAGCCUCUGGAUAAGACAGACUGGUGCUGUCAUGCCCAUGAUUGCUGCUAUAAGGAGUUAACCAACCAGAGCUGUCACCCAUUUUUUGAUGAUUAUCAAUACUCCAUCAUCAACGAAGACGUUAUGUGCUGGAAUACAACUAGCUCCACCUGUGCAAAGCAAGCGUGUGACUGUGACCGGACAGCGGUCCUGUGUUUCAGAAAGGAAGCAAGCAGCUAUAACAAAGGAUACCGUUAUUACUUCAAUUUCUUCUGCAAAGGAUCUACCCCCAGUUGCUAA